UCGGAGAUAACAUGUGGCUCUUGGCAUCUCUGCUUCUUUGGGUUCCAGUUGAUGGGCAAGCAGAACCCACAAAGGCAGUGAUCACCUUGCAACCUCCCUGGGUCAGUAUGUUCCAAGAGGAAAAUGUAAACUUAUGGUGUGAGGGGCCCCGUCUGCCUGGAGACAACUCCACCCAGUGGCUUCACAACAACACAGCCAUUCAGACCUUGACACCCCAAUACAGCAUCACUGCUGCCAGUGUUGGUGACAGUGGUGAAUAUAGGUGCCAGACAGGACUCUCAGUGCCAAGUGACCCUGUACAGCUGGAAAUCCUCACAGGUUGGCUACUACUCCAGGUCUCUAGCAGAGUUCUCACCGAAGGGGAACCUCUGACCUUGAGGUGUCAUGGAUGGAAGAAUAAGCUGGUGUACAAUAUGCUUUUUUACCAAAAUGGCAAAACCUUCAAGUUUUCUCCUCGAGAUUGUGAACUCACCAUUCUGAAAACCAACCUGAGUCACAAUGGCAUUUAUCACUGCUCAGGAAUGGGAAGGCAUCGCUACACAUCAACAGGAGUAUCUGUCUCUGUGAAAGAGUUAUUUCCAACUCCAGUGCUGAGAGCAUCAUUGUCAUCCCCCCUCUUAGAGGGGAACCCUGUAAACCUGAGCUGUGAAACAAAGUUGUUCCCACAGAGGCCUGGUUUGCAGCUUUUCUUUUCAUUCUUCGUGGGCAACAAGACCCUGAAGUUCAGGACUACAUCCUCUGAAUACCAGAUACUAACUGCUAAAAGAGAAGAUUCUGGGGUAUACUGGUGUGAGGCAGCCACAGAAGAUGGAAAUGUCCUUAAGCGCAGCCAUGAGUUGGAGCUUCAGGUGCUUGGCUUCCAGUCACCAAUUCCCAUCUGGUUUCAUGUUCUUUUCUAUCUGGCAGUGGGAAUAAUAUUUUUGGUGGACACUUCUCUCUAUAUGAUCAUACAGAAGGAACUCCAAAGAAAGAAAAAGUGGAGUUUCGGAGUCUCUUUGACUUCUGGCUAUGAGAAAAAGGUAACUUCCUACUUUCAAGAAGAUGGACAUUUAAAGGAAGAGCAGAAGUGUCAGAAAAAAGAAUAGCUGCAAGAAAGGACACACCAGACAAAAAAUCACGAGGGAGAGCAGCAGCAGCAGCAACAGUUCAGUGGGUGGGCAUGGAGCUGGAUAGUCCCUUAUGCCUUCCUCUCUGUAUGAGCACUGGGCACAAAUAUCCAUUGUCAGGAGAAACUAUAUCUGUGGAUCCUGUGGCAUCUGACUAACUCUUAAAUCAAGCAAGUAAAUGAGAUUACUUCACUUGAGAUAAAUUUGGAAAUUUGUUUUAUCAGGGAUGAUUUGAAAUGAGACCUAGUCUACAGAAAUCUAAAAAACUUGGAAGUCAUGUCUAGCCUGAUUAUCCUUUUAUGUAGUUUGAAAAAUAUUUCUGGGGACAGGAUAAAGAGGUAUGUGUGUACAUAUGCAUAAGAGGUUAAGACAGAGUUAGACACAGAAUGAGAGAGACAGAGAAAGAGAAUGACUGUGAGGGAGACAAAAGGGAAUAGUAUAGAUCCAAAGAAAGAAAUAUAACUUAAGAAUGACUUUGAGAGACUGUGAGAGUGAGAGAGCUCACACCUCUGUGCGGACUCAGGAUAGUGACAUCACAGAUUUUCUUUUAGCAUACUAGCAUGCAAUGCUGCCAUACAUCUUAUAGAGAUAUGAGGGAGUAACUCAUGAUGAGAAAUGGAUGCAUUAUUCUUUCUCUUUCAUUUAAGGCUUUCUCACAACCUCUCUGUAUCCAGAGACACUAGAGGUCCUGCCUGUCUGUCCCAGUCCCCUGCGCUAUAGGAAGGCAGAGUAAUGUAACUGCAGCUUUCCUUAAUAAAUUAAACCCAGAAAUCCGAGCCCAGCACUGAAAGGAGAAACUUCAAGUGGGGAGAGGCAGAAAUUUACUUUACCCUUCUGAUUUUCUAGAUGAUUAUUAACAUCAAGAAGCUGCUCUCCAACUCUGGCUCUAGUUUGGAAACAAAAUAUUUCCCUUCUCUAUACUAUGGCUAAAAUUAAAUGAAAUAUACAAAUAAGACUUUACUAAUACCUUAGGAAAAAAAAACAAAAGGGGGUAUAAACAAGCCUAGCAACAUGAUUCUAUAGUUUUGGCUUACAAAAUGUAGCUUACCCGCUGUUCUGGUUUGCUAAUGCUGCCAUUAUGCAAAAUACCAGAAAUGGAUUGGCUUUUAUAAAAGGGGGUUUAUUUGGUUACAGAGUUACAGUCUUAAGGCCAUAAAGUGUCCUCUUUUAGCUGCAGCUCCUCUUCAAUAUGUCACUCUCAGUUGCUCUGAGGUCCUUCUGUCUGUGAACUCCUUUAUAUAACUCCAGUGAUCGAAUUAACACCCAACAUGAAUGGUUGGGAUAACGCCUCCGUGGAAAUUAUCCAAUCAAAUGUUUCAUUCACAGUUGAUUGAGUCACUUUUCCAUGGAAACAAAGGAUUCCAAUCUAAUCAACACUAAUAUGCCUGCCCCCACAAGACUGCAUCAAAGAUAAUGGCAUUUGGGGGGACAUAAUACAUCCAAACUGGCACACUGCUAAACAAGGCCACAUCCCUGACUAGCCUCUAACCUGGCUCCAUGUGGCAGAGCUCAGCAUUAACACCACUUAGGAACACUCUCAAGUGACUGGGACUUGGAGUAGGUGCAAGAGCACCUUAAUCCCUGGCUUUUCUUGUCUGUGGACAAUGAAAAUGUUUUUCUAUUCUUCAGAAAGAAACUACAAUAAUCAUUGCCUCAAUAAAAGUACAACUCCAGCAUUUGUAUUCAAAGAAAUAGUCACAUAUAAUGCAGGCAUUUCUUUAAUUGCUCAAGUGUUUGGUUUUGUGGGCUUGGGAAGCAGGGAAAUGAAAAUUUGAGGGGAUGAGGCCUAAACACCCUCUGUCGAGGAGGAGCCAGAGGAAUAGAAAACUAAAGCAGGAAGUGACAUCCUAUUUUCUGCCUAUCCUCACAGAGUAGAUAGAAUUUCAGGGAAAGGGGUCUCUGUGCGGAAGGAGGUGGGAGGUAGACAUGGAUUUAGACAGAGCAUAGGACUGGAAUAAGACUGGUUGUUGCUAAAGUAUCAUGAAAUGCUUCCUCUUUCCUUUCCCUCCCUAUUUGUGCUCCCUCUCCAGAGUUUUCCAUGUUUGUAUCUUUG